AUGCAGAAAGGUGAUCAAACGGUGAUAAGUUUAAGACCAGGUGGUGGUGGUGGUAAUAGAAGCAGAGUAGUAUUUGGCUCUCGCUUUGACACCUCAUCAUCAUCUACAUCUACUACUACUAAUUCUGAUCUUCCAUUUCUUCGUCCAUCUGGUUCUAAUUCCUCUCUUUCAUCUUUCAAGACUGGAGAUUCUCGUUUGGAGAACCAUGAACGUGUUCGGUAUACUCGAGAUCAGCUCCUGCAACUGAGGGAGGCGGUUGUCCUACAGUUACCUGAGGUUAUUCUGCAAAUCAAACAUGAAGUUGAAGCCGAACUGUUUGGUGAAGAUUCCUCUCGGGCUCGUGUUGAUACCAAUGUGCAGCAGACUCAAUCUCAGGGUCGUUAUUCUGAACCAGACAACCGUGACUGGCGUAAUAGAUCAACACAAAUUUCUGCCCCCCUAGAGGAGAGGUCAUGGGAAGCACUUCGAGAAAACAGGGAAUUUGGUGGCCAGUAUAAUUGGCAAGAGCAGCUUAACUCACAGUUUGCAAGAGCUCAAGUAUCUGCCAACCAAGGGGGACAGGGAGGUCCUGCUGCUACACUGAUCAAAGCUGAUGUGCCAUGGUCAGUCCGAAGGGGCACUCUUUCUGACAAAGAUCGUGUCUUGAAAACAGUCAAGGGAAUACUCAACAAGUUGACACCGGAGAAAUUUGAUCUUCUCAAAGGUCAAUUAAUUGAUUCCGGGAUAACAAGUGCAGACAUUCUAAAGGGUGUGAUCUCCUUGAUAUUUGACAAGGCCGUAUUGGAACCCACCUUUUGCCCGAUGUAUGCCCAGCUUUGUUCUGAUCUCAAUAAGAAGCUUCCUCCAUUUCCAUCUGAUGAACCUGGUGGGAAAGAAAUCACCUUUAAGCGAGUUCUUCUGAAUAAUUGCCAAGAGGCAUUUGAAGGUGCUGACAAAUUGAGGGAAGAAGCAAGACAAAUGACUGCUCCGGAGCAGCAGUCAGAACGCAAGGACAAAGAAAGGUUGAUCAAAUUGCGAACUCUUGGAAACAUACGUCUUAUUGGGGAGCUUUUGAAGCAAAAGAUGGUUCCUGAAAAGAUUGUUCAUCACAUUGUUCAGGAACUAUUAGGACCAGAUCCCAAAAGCUGUCCAGAAGAAGAGAACGUUGAAGCUAUAUGUCAGUUCUUCAACACCAUUGGUAAGCUGCUUGACGAGAAGCAAAUGGCAAGGCACAUCAAUGAUAGUUAUUUUAACCGAUUGAAGGAACUAUCAACAAACCCUCAGCUGGUGUCACGACUAAGGUUUAUGGUGCGUGAUGUGCUGGAUUUACGUGCCAAUAACUGGGUCCCUAGGCGUGAAGAGGUGAAAGCCAAAACCAUCAAUGAGAUCCACUCGGAAGCAGAGAAGACAUUAGGGUUACGUCCUGGUGCUACAGCAAGCAUUAGAAAUUCUCGUGUUCCUCCAGGUGCUCAAGGGAAUUUGGGUCCCAGCGGCUACCCUAUUAAUCGACCUGGCACUGGUGGUAUGAUGCCAGGGAUGCCAGGUGCAAGAAAGAUGCCCGGGAUGCCAGGAAUGGAUAAUGACAACUGGGAGGUUCCUAGGUCACGGACAAUGCCACGUGGUGUUCAGCCGCCAUUGAUUGGCAAGUCACCGUCCUUGAACACAAGGCUGCUGCCUCAGGGUAGCGGUGGCGGCAUAAGUGGCAGGAGUAGCGCCCUCUUACAAGGUAGUGGUGGACCCUCUGUCCAGCCUUUAUCACAAGUUCCGGGACCCGUUAGGCCAUCUCCAACAAGUACCGUUUUGCCUGUUGCUGAGAAACCGAAACUUCAGGCACCUCCAGCUGCAAGUCCUGAAGAACUGAAGAGAAAGACAGUUUCUCUUUUGGAGGAAUAUUUUAGUGUUCGGAUUUUGGACGAAGCUUUGCAGUGCAUUGAGGAACUUAAAUCCCCUGCCUUCUAUCCUGAGGUUGUUGAAAAAGCCAUAUCCCUUGGACUGGAUAAAAGUCCGCCACGUGUCGAACCAGUUGCACAACUUCUCGAGCACUUGUUUGCUAAGAAGGUUUUUACUGCUACCGACUUGGCUACUGGAUGCUUGAACUUUGCUUCUCAGUUGGAUGAUCUCGCAAUGGAUUUACCAAAAGCACCAGCAAAUUUCGGGGAGAUAAUUGCAAGGCUAGUUUUGACAGGGGCAAUAGAUUUCAAGUUGGUGAAUGAGAUCCUGAAGAAGGUAACGGAUGACUUCUACCAGAAGGACUUAUUUGCAGCCAUCACGGGAUUUAUUAGCUCUAGCCCUACGGGUCAAGGAGUAUUAGAUUCACAAGCAAGUGAUAUUGAAGCCUGCAAAAAUCUGUUCCAGUAAAGUGAACCAGAGCAACUGUAUCGCAGUUUUUCAUAAUCGGAACGUUGAAGAACAGGUGAUUUUAUGUGAGUUGUAUACUUUUUUCCCAAGGUGUGUUCAUUAGACGACGAAAGACAGUUUUGCAACAUGGUAAAUUAUAUGCCAUAUUUGCUGUCGAGGCAACGGGCUGCUUUACGGAGCCCAGCUGUUUUGUAUUCCAUUAGUUUUUCAUUUAUUUUUUCCCGUUGACUUGUUAUAUUAAGUUUUGUCGAACUUGUGAGUUCAUAAAUGCAACUGUUCCAACCUUUCCACUAUUCUGAAGUAGAAUUUGAUAAUAGAAGUUUGUCUUCA